AUGGAUCAGAGAACAGCAGACUCGCUGUUUGGAACAGGAGAUGAUAGCGCAGCAGAUUUUUUUGCAGAUAAUUCGGUGACCCAAGAGGAACCAACCGCCAGCGAGUCUCUGGAGCACUCGCACGAUUAUACUACAACUCAGAACUAUGAGCAACAUCAAGACGCGCAGCAAAGUAAUACUUCCUACGACCCGUAUGGCCAGCUCAAGUCUACUCCCACCGUUCGUAGCCAGACCAGUUCCCAAGGAAUACCGCCAACGGACCCCUAUGCGCCACAUACGAAUGGCUAUCAACCUCAGGUAUAUACACCUUCAGUGACUAGCUCCCCGCCUUCCACGUAUACCGCGCCGGCUGCCCACGCAAGUACAGCAGAUCCCUAUGCAAGCAUCAGCGCCCGUCCAACGCCAAAACAGACAAAUUACAGCCCGUAUACGCCAGCCCCAAACUACUCUCCACAGACAUACGCUCCAGCGACGUCGUACGCGCCUCCAGCCAACGCGUACAAUCCUCUACCGUCACUAGAUGUCCCAAAACCACCACCACCAACGUCCAUCGACGUUUCAAAGUAUAGAUCCACUCCCAACGCAUAUGACCCUCCGAUUCGCACUACUCCAGUUGCAAAGCCAAGGUCUUCAUAUUCGAAUGCGCCAGCACCACCCUUUGGACACAAUCCAGCAGGCGCUCCAUACCAGAGAGCACCGGCCAAUCCACCGCCGUCUACUAGCCCCGGCUACUUUCCACCGGGUGCAGUGCAUGGACAACCUCCGAUGCGGAAUACUCAACAGGCUCCUCCCCCACAUAAUUUGCCACCACUUCCUAGGGCUGGCUCGAUUCCACCGCCCCACGUCGCCCGGGCCAUGUCGCCCUAUGCGCCCAAUCCUAAUGUGCCACCACCACCAUCAUCGGUACCCCCACCACCGAGACCUUCUAGUACGUCCUCCAAUCGGUCGGUCAACAAUUAUGCCCGCCCGCCAAGUACAACCCCAAGUGCUGGGACGCAUUCACGUCCAACCAGCGCAGCCUCUGUGACGCGACAGACUAUGAAGAGCCCUCCUCGGGCACCAAGUGCAGCGACGCGUGUCUCGGAGCCUCUGCUCGCCGUCGCGGAAUCCGAGUUGACGCCCAGACCCGAGUUUACGUACAAUGAAUCACUAGACAUGGAAAGUGACCCCACACCGAGGGUCCCAAAUAUGACUGGUGCAAAUGACUAUCUUCAGGAUCGGCAUGUCGAGGAAGCUGGUAUCGAAGAACCAUAUCCACCACCUGAAACCGACGAAAUCGUCGAGAAUUUACACAAUAGGACAUCUAGCAACGCGAGCAAUGCAUCUCAACCAAAAGCCAUGGACCCAUAUGCUCCCAUCCAGCGUCCUGCAAACACUGAGCCUGCGAGGAGUAGCUCGUUCACUGCUCCGCCCCCACCAGUACAGCAUAGUGUACCCCCACCGGCACCUAAGUCAGUUCCACCACCACCAAAGGCGAACCCAUACGCACCGCGUAGCACCAUUUCGCCCCCGCCUCCUAAAUCGGGCUUGACGCCUUCCAGCUCGUUCAGCGAUCGCUAUGGACCUGGCGCAUCGCUCAUUCCUCCACCGGCCCCUGCUCAGCCCAUUUCCAUGUUAGCCGCUGUGGACCCGUCUCCCAUUAUCGACUUGUCCCACUCUCCUCCAAAUCAGCGAGUGCCAAUCUCUCAUGAUCCGUAUAAUGCUGUAGGGCAGGCGAGCAGGAGGAGUACUAUGAGCGAGGAGUCACAUCUUGGGCUCACUCGACAGCCAGCACCCCCACCACCGGCGGGAUACCAUUACGCACCCCCGCCUAUCGUCGCUGAACCGCCCAUGCUCGGUAGCCCUCAAUAUGUGUCUGCACCUGCAGCCCCAGUGGUACCUUCUGCGUAUGCCCCGUCCCCAUCCCUUCUGGGCACAAACGAUCCACUGGGGCGAGCAUCCGUCCGUGUUCCCAUCUUUAGCUUUGGCUUUGGUGGGCGCGUGGUUUCCUGCUUCCACAAUAACCCUGGAAUGGGCGCAUUUGAUGGAAUGGCUCCAGGUCGGCCAUCGACUGCCUUGACUGUCAAACUCCUCAAGGAUGUCGUUCCGACGUCCGCAUACGAUGUUACCGAGGGCUCCUUUCCGGGACCUUUGUUCAAUGAUCAAGGACCUGGUGGGGCUACCAGUGUCUUGCAGACGACCGGUGCGGCGAUCAAGGCCAAGAAGACUGCGCUACUACAAUGGCUGGACAGCCGGAUCACGGAAGCAGAAGGUGGAUUUAUGUAUGUUGGGACCACUGGUGGCGAGGCAGGGGCAGCCGCAAAAGCGGAAGGGAAAGUGGUUUUGCUCAAAUUGCUGAAGAUUUGGGUCGAAAAUGACGGCAAAUUAUCUGGAAGCCCAGCGAUCGAUGAAGCCAUUAAGACGACAUUACUCGGACCUGCCUCGGAAGUUGGAACGUUGGGCGGUGCACCAGCCCCCGCAUUUGCAUACGCCAUGAACGGCCCAGUAUCUUCGGUUUAUGGCGACGGGGGUCGCGAACCAGUGGUUGCUUCCUAUCAGGUCAAAGCAUCGACACUGGAUCAAAUCCAAGAUUUGUUGCUUCGUGGAGAUCGCAAACAAGCGUAUAGAGUUGCCCUUGAUGCACGACUUUGGGCACAUGCGUUGUUGAUCUCAAGAGGACUUGACGAGGAAUCGUGGAAAGAGGUGGCUCACGAAUUUAUCAAGAUGGAGCUGACACCACCUGCUGGAGCGGACAACUCGCUUUCAAUUGCCGAUAACCGAGAGAGCUUGAGACUUGCAUACGGCCUGUUCGCGGGCGACGGUCCUGCUGCAUUGAAACUCCUGAUCCCACCGAAGCAACUUGGCAUGGCUGUCCAAGGACUGGGUGGUCAAUUCCCGAAUGGUCCGCUAUUGCUGGACCAACCAGCGACAGAGGCUACAUCCGUACCCGACCACGUUUGGGUGCAGUGGAAGAAACUGUUGGCCGCGACAAUCUCAAAUCAGCCGCCAGGUAAUACUAAUGCAACGACGGCUUUGGGUGAUUAUCUGAUGGCCAAUAAUUGGGUGGAAGCCGCACAUUGCUGCUAUAUGCUCUCGCUGGGCACUUCUUUGUUUACUGGUGUCGGGGCGCCGGGAGUACGAGCGAUACUGUUCGGUUCAGCGAAUCCUAGUGUUCAUCCAUCCUUCCGUGCGGAUCUCUCGUCGAUCCUUUUCUCGGAGGUGGCCGAGUUUGCAAUGUCAUUGUUGCCCACUGUCAAGGGCCAAGAACCUUUCCAUGGUGUACAGCACCUGCAGGCAUACCGCUUCUGGCAUGCGACAUGUCUUGCGGAGAUGGGAGAGAUCACGCUCGCCAAGAGGUACACGGAUGCCAUUGGCGUGACUAUGCGAUCAAAUACGCGAGGCUCUCCUUACUUCACCACGACCUUUUUGCAGCAGCUUGAAGAACUGCAAGACCGGCUCAUUGAGGCGCCUCAUGCAGACAAGACCAAAGCCUGGAUUUCCAAGCCGACUGUGCGCUCUUUCAACAAUUGGCUCACGGGUGGCCUGGAGAAGUUGAUCCAAGGAGACGAACUUCCGCAAGGGGAAGAGGCAUCACAAGGCAAAAAGUCUCUGGAAAUCACUCCUCAAGUCGGACCGUUUUCGCAUUACAGUUCGAUAUCGUCCGCGACGCCGUCAACACAUCCGUCCCCAAGUCCAUCGUUUGCCAACCUGCAUUCAGCCUCGUCUUCCAUUGGUCGUAGUGGCUCAGCGGCUGGUAUGAGACCUCCCCCAACUCACGCUGCAACUCUUCCUGCUCCUCCACCGCCACCGAGGGCUGCGUCUGCUGUUGAUUUCUCCAAGGGGCGGGCGUCUCCGAUCGCAAAGCCUUCUUCAGCAGGAGCAGCUGUUACGUCGUUCCCGAACCGCUAUCAGCCUCCGUCGAACCCCGUCAUUCAAACGCCCGGAACGCAAAGCACAGCUCCAGAAGCGUCAGAGGAUGCACCGAAACCGUUGUAUGCGACAUGGUGGGGAGAGAGUAACGACACGGAUGGGGUAACGCCAACAGCGACUACAUUCAUGAGCAACGAUGGCGACGCCGGCAACUUUAUCUCGCUCAUGGAUACGGAUCAGACUCUUGUGCCUUCUUCCUCGGCAUCUACUGUGGGGAAAAAUACAAGCCAAAGAGUGGAGAUGGACGAUGACCUCGAGGAUUUGGGCUUUGGGAACUCGAAGAAACCAAAGAAAGAGGAUGUCGACAAUGAUAUGGACGGCGAGGCUGCAAAGAAGGAUUCUCCAACCGCUUCAAAGGCUCCUACACCUGCUCCACAAGCAGCUCAACCCGCUCAAGAUCCAGGAGCUGCUCCAGCCAAGGGAUGGUUUAGUUGGAUUCGUCGUUCUGACUCAACUCCCAAGCCGGUCAGAGCGAAGCUUGGAGAGGAAAAUGCGUUUUAUUAUGACGAAAAUCUCAAGAAAUGGGUCAAUAAAAGGGCUGGAGCUGAGGCAGCGACAGGACCUAGUGUUCCUCCUCCGCCACCAGCACGAGCACAAACUGCCUCGCCCAGUCGUGCAGGCAUUGCAGUCAACACGGCAACGCCGCCGCCACCUCGUGCAGCAUCCGUCGUUCAGCCACCACCACCGCACUCUGGCCUCGCACCACCAUCACGCCCCAGCUCGUCGCUCUCCGCUGCAUCGACAGAUUCCCCCCUCUCUGUGUCCGAUUCGGCUCCGCCGUCACGAGGAUCCCCUGCACCCCAGAGUGGAAUGCCACCUCCGCCACGCGCAUUGGGACAAACGCCACCCCCACCGUCUGGAAGUGCGUCUCCAGCAGGAAGCGUCAGGUCUGGUGCGAAACGGAAUCCACGAAGCCGCUAUGUGGAUGUCUUCCAGGCGUCGUAG